CCCGCCCGGGGCGGGCAGUUGUCACGGCGAGCGGAGGAAGCGGGGAGAAGCGGCGCCAUGGGCGGCUCGGCCAGCCUGAUCCCGCGGGACCUGCUGGCGGAGUACCAGGAGCUGACGUUCCUGACCAAGCAGGAGAUCUUGCUUGCCUACAAGAGGUUCAGUGAACUGCUGCCAAAGGAGGAGAGGGAGAACGCCUGCUCCGCGCGGGUUCCCAAGAGACAGUUCCUGACGCUGCCGGAGCUGCGGGCAAACCCCUUCCAGCACCAGAUCUGCCAGGUGUUCUCAACCUCAGAGACCAGGGAUGGCAGCAUGUCGUUUGAAGACUUCCUUGAUAUGCUGAGUGUCUUCAGUGAUUCUGCCACCUCUGACAUCAAAUCCCACUAUGCCUUCCGCAUCUUUGACUUUGAUGGGGAUGGCAUUCUGGACAGGAACGACCUGGAGCAACUGGUGAACUGCCUGACAGGGCAAGGCGAGGAGUCCGGGCUGAGCAACGAAGAGAUGGAUCAGCUCAUCCAAAACAUCCUGGAGGAGUCUGACAUCGACAAGGACGGCACCAUCAACCUCCCUGAAUUCCAGCACGUUGUCUCCCGCUCCCCGGACUUCGCCAGCUCCUUCAAGAUUGUCUUGUGAGCCCCGUGGCUGUGCAGCAGCCCUCCUCCAGUUCCUGCAGCUCCUCGUGGCCUCAGCCAUUUCCUUUUCCAGGGAGCACAGGCCCGGCCCCUCAAUGGCCUGGCUGUGCUGCAAUGCCUUGGGCAGGAACCCUCCUGCUCUCCUUCCAGGUGCCUGCUUGGCAGCAGGGGGUCUCAGGAAUCUGCUUCUCCUGCAGCCCCUCUGCUGUCCUAGCAUUAGAAUUUGAAUCCUUAUGCAUUCCAAGGGCAGCUCUGCAGGUGAGGGAGGAAAUGCUGCUCCUGCCUGGGGCCACUCCGCACCAGCACAGCCCCUCUCUGCCCCCAGGACCAAUUCCUGUGUCGUGCCUUCCAGCAGCAGGGAGCUGCCUCCCCUGCCAGCCUCUUCCUGCCUCCAGUAUUUCUGGGAGCCUCCCUGCUGCCACAUGGAUCCAUUUCUCUGAGCAAUAACCCGAACAUGGAUCCUCUGAGCAAUAACCAAAACGUGGAUCGUUUUUCACGAGCAAUAACCCAGAUGGGGGUGCAUUUUCUGAGCAGUCACCCAAUAGUGACUGUACAGGAACCUCCCCACAGCAGAGCUGACCCCCACGGCUGUGCUCAGACCCUGCACUGCUCCUCCUCCUCCUCCCUUUCUCUCUCCUCUCCAGCACAGCAGCUGCGCUGCCGCCCUGGCCUCCUCCUCCCCCAGUCCCUGUGAGGACACAAUUAAAGGGCUCCGGUUUCA